AUGAAUCUGAAUUUCGAAUACAUUGCUGCUCAUAUCAGUGAUUAUAUUGAAAACGAAAACUUUUUUGAUACAUUCGAUAUGGAGGCUAUCAAAACAAUCAUGAAAUAUUCACGUUUGACAGCUGAUCAGUACAUUACUCUUCUCAAACAGUCUUCACCAACUCUUAAUUCCAAAGAAUUAUAUAUCGGUACACGAAAAGCAAAUGUUACUAUCGAAAAUAUUGAAGAAGUCAUUUCAAUUCUUACCUUCGUCAAAAAGUACAUGAAAUUCCAUAUAUUUGAUGGAAUCAUUGAUUUUCUCAAAGAAAACGACAAACACAUGGGUGAUUCUACAGAAGAAAUCAAAAAACCUCAAACAGAAAUAAAAACAUUACAAAAUCAAAUACAAAAUGUUUCCAAAGAAACUACAGUCACUCGAACUAAUGAAUCUCACAACUAUUCUGAAGAAUUUUUAACCAAAAUCUCAUCACUUAAGAAAACAAAAGAUUUUGAUAGUGUUUACAAAUUCUUUGAAGAACUUUCUUCUGAAGAUAAUCACGAAAUGAUUUCAAAGGCUUGUGAAGAAGGUCUUUGGUUAAAAAAGACAAAAUUGGAUGAAAUGAAUGUACUUCAUGUUGCAAGCCAAAAAGGAAAUCUUAAACUUGUCAAAUCACUCAUUGAAUGUGGCUGUGAUAAAGAAGCAAAGAAUAAAUAUGGAAGAACUCCACUCAUGUAUGCAUCAUGGUAUAAUAAUCUUUCAGUUGUUAAAUAUCUUAUCUCAGUUGGAGCUGAUAAAGAAGCAAAGAAUAAAUAUGGAAGAACUCCACUCAUGUAUGCAUCAUGGUAUAAUAAUCUUUCAGUUGUUAAAUAUCUUAUCUCAGUUGGAGCUGAUAAAGAUGCAAAGAAUAAAUAUGGAGAUACUGCACUCAUUUAUGCAUCAGAAAAAGGUCAUCUUGAAGUUGUUCAAUAUCUUAUCUCAGUUGGAGCUGAUAAAGAAGCAAAGAAUAAAUAUGGAAAAACAGCACUCUCAUAUGCAAAUAGUAAUGUCAGCGAUUAUCUAAAAUCUAUUGGAGCCAAAUAA